AUGUCGACUUGUGCCUUUUACAAAUGGAUCAAAUCUCGAGAUUCAGCCGAUAUUAAUGAACUUUCCAGUAAAAUCGAUGAAUCCCAAUGCCGUUCACCUCCAUCAACGUUUCAACUCAACAAACGAAAAUCCAGUUUUCGAAGAAUUCUCAAAAAUCCCGUUCGACGUCUGAGCUUGAAAGAUAAUAGUAUCAUUAAAGAUGCGAAAAUCACCAGUCCUACAGACUUAAUCGCUAGCGCAAACACAAUUUCACCGGAAGAUAAUCAUCACACGGAUCCUGUGCAUAAACGACCACCGUUGGCUUUCAAUUCAGCAAAUUCCAGAAAAUUGAAAGCAUUUACGUUUGCAGAUACAGCAGAUUUGACGUCAUAUCCUGAUGGGACGAAUCCUUUGAGUAAAUCAAUUGAUAACGAUGGCCUCACUGGUUUCUACAAAAUGACAGAUUCAUCAUCAUCAUCAUCAUCCAAAGCUGUACCAAUCAUUUCACCAGUAGAUAACGUAGAAACUGCUUGUAUUGAAAUCCCACUAUCUCUCGAUAUACAAUCACAACUUAAAUUAACAAAUGGUGGAGAUUCACUUUCUCCGCCAGCUAUAGAAAAAGUCAGUACGGAGAUCAACACCGUUGUUAGGAAAUUGGUCAGUACACUUGCUCUGGACUCUUCGUCCAGAAGCACUAGUGGAGACCUUUCAGCACGUUUACGAAAAGUGCGCACAGCACCAUUAGCAACAAUUAGUCCAAUUGACGAUAAUUCAGUCAUCGCACGGCUUGUUCAACACGUUGCACCAAUCAAUGUUGUUUCUGCCCUUUCAGCAAGUGAUUUUCAUAUCCCAGCUGCCUUGUCAAUAGAAACACCACCUACCGAGGAAAUUUCCUCAAUGAAAAUGCCCUCAACGUCGACGAUAACUGUGACUUCGAAUGAUAGUCAAAGUGAACCAACAGACGAAAUAUCCUACAAUGACGCCGAUCAAACGACUCUAUCAUCGUUUGCAACCAUUGACGAGCCCAUCGAUGAUCGAACCAAAUACGGCGAGAAAAGAAGGCAUAAUAUCGUCGAAUUGAUUGAAACAGAAAAGGAAUAUGUGAAAGAUCUAGCUUUGAUUGUGGAGGGAUAUAUGAACAUUCUCGAAAAUGAUAAAGAAAUCAAAAAGCCGACGGGUUUGUGUGGCCGGGAGCGCGUUGUUUUCGGUAAUGUGCAGAAAAUCUAUGAGUUUCAUCGCGAUACAUUUCUUCCUCAGCUUGAACAAUGCAUUGAAACCCCGAAUAUUCUCGGCCGAUUAUUCACCACAAAUCGAUUCAGUCCAUAUGUUCGUUACUGUGAAAAUAAACCACGUUCGGAAUAUAUCGUUUCCGAAUAUCACGACUAUUUCGAAGAAAUUCGUAAGAAACUCGGUCAAAAACUACUUGUCUCAGAUUUGUUGAUUAAACCUGUUCAACGUAUCAUGCGCUAUCAAUUAUUAUUAAAAGAAAUUCUCAAGUCCACUGAACGUAUGGGUGACGAGCCACGUGCAAUACGUAGCGCGCUACAAGUCAUGAUCGAAGUUCCACAGCAGGCGAACGAUAUGAUGAAUGUCGGUCGAAUAAAAGACUUGUCAACGAAUGUGCAUCAAUUAGGUGAACUUAAGUUACAAGAUAUGUUGUUGGUGAGCGAACCGAUAACAUCGAAAGAUACGAAAGAUGCAGAGAAGAAACUGAAAGAACGACGAGUAUUUCUCUUUCAACAAUCAAUGAUAUUUUGUGAUGAAAUACCAGCGAAAGACAAAUAUUCGAGUCCGAAUUAUAUUUACAAAUACGAACUCAAAAUCAACAAAUUGCAGCACAAAGAGUUCAAACGUAAUAAGGAACUAUGUCAAUUUACAUUAGUAGAAGUCGAUGCGGGAAAUAUUCGUCGAGUUAUUUGUCAAUGUAAAGAUGAUGAACAAUACGAACUAUGGGUUACUAAUGUAAAUAAGGUGCUUCAACGUCAGAUGGAUCUUAUCAUAGCUCUAACUAAUCCAACAGCUGCUCUACAAAAAGAGCAAGGUUCGUCCACGUUAUCGUUUACACCAUCGUCCAGAAAUCAAAUCAAGAAGGCCAUGUCUGAUCGGUCCAGUACAUUUUCGGAAAUGUCAAUUACAUCUACUGCGAAUAAACCAGCUGAAAUUCCUCAAAAGAAAACAUCUCUAUCCUUUAAUUUAUUCGAUUCAAUUCUAUCACGUACAACAACAAAACCGCAAUCAAUUCGUGCAACUAAGAAGAAGUCGCCGACGUAUUUAUCGUCAACGUCCUGUCCUCAGACAUCUAUGGAGAUACCCGAACAAGUUCGAUGCAUAUGUAAUUACAAUGCUAUUAAAGAUGAUGAAAUCUGUGUACAUAAAGGAGAUUAUGUUCAAAUUUUAACUACUAGUCACGAUAAUCGUUGGUUCGUUCGUCAUCAUAUACAUCGAACAACUUCGAGUAUCCAAGGUUGGGUACCGGGCUUUGUUCUUGGACGUCAGAAUUCGAAUACAAGUACAAAUCUAUCUGCAUCAACAUUGCCAAGUUCAUCUCGUUCGGCAAAUAGUCUUAAUCAAGUCUGA